GGACGAUGUCAGCUUUUGUUGAUCCUCUCGGCGCUUCUGCCUGUAUGCGUGUUGUCUGAAGCUGGGGACCUUCUCACGAUUGACCUAUAAAACCGCGAUCCUGUCAGCUGCCCCCGUCUUGGUACCUUUUCUUCGUCUGCGGAUCCAGGUUCUGCUCUAAACCGAAUCAACAAUGGGACCCUUCAUUCUGUUCUUCGUCGCCAUGGUGGCCGCCUCUCCAGUCAAAAGGCAGGAGGAUCUGUUCGGACAGCUUGACCUUGACCGAGACGGCCGGCUGUCCAAGCAGGAGAUUCUGUCCAUCAUAACUCUCGAGCAGGCCAUCCUUGCGCUGGAUCACGACGGUGACGGAUUCUACACCUCUCUGCAGGUGUUCCAGCUGACGAACGACCCCAACACCUUCCCGAUGUUUGACGUCAACAAUGACGGCAUGGUCAGCUAUGAGGAGAUCCGUCAGGGCACCAACAUGGUGCGCAUCUUCGACCGGGAGGACGCUGAUGGCAGCGGGUAUCUUGAAGGCCCUGAGGCUGAUAAGAUGGUGUACAUCUACGCUGAGAUCCUGAUUCACGGACUGGCGUUUGUGAGCAGAGACCAGAUGGACACCAACGGGGACCAGGCUCUGUCCAAGGACGAGGUGAUGAGAGCCAUGACUCUGGACCAGAUCUUUGCAGCUGCGGACGAUGACGGUGACGGCCACUUGAGCCAGCUGCAGAUCGAGGUGACCUUUGACGCCCCGACCUUCCAGAUGCUGGAUGACAACAUGGACGGCAAGGUCAGCUUCGGCGAGCUUCGCAAGGCCAUGGACCUCGGAGAUGUGUUUGACUUCUUUGACAGCGACGCCGACGGCCUCCUGCAAGGCCAAGAGCAGAACCAGAUGAUUGGCGUGUACAACCUGAUCAUUAACGUGGGAUCAGCCUACAUGACUGACCCUCUCCUGGACACCGACGGCGACGGGAAACUGUCCAAGGACGAAGUGACCAACGCCAUGACUCUGGAGCAGAUCUUGGUGUCGAACGACGCGUUAGACGGUGACGGCCAGUUCACCGAGAUUGAGAUCCUGUCGUUUUUCGACCGUGACUACUUCGUGAGGAUGGACGCCGACGGAGACGGCUUCGUCACCUUCGACGAAAUGCGCGCCGUCAUCGACGUCGGGUCUUACUUCGACUACUGCGAUGCUAACGGCAGCGGCUUCCUGGAGAGCCUGGAGCAGUAUAAGGUGGUUGGACUGUACUACACUAUCUUGGCUUUCAAUAUGGGAACGUAAUACGGUUGGGCGGUCUCCAUUUGCAGUGCAAGCAAAACGAGGAACAUAGGAGAUUCUUGCAUCAUUCAAUGACUCUCAAUAAAUCAUGAUGAAAUGAGA